CGAAAAGAGAGAAUGAAGACAAAUAGAUUGUUGUAGUUGUGCAGAGAUAAGAGGGAAGAUCUCUUGAGGUGGAACAAGUGGAUUCAAAUCAACCAAACGAAAGAAGAAGAACGAGUUUGAUGAAGUUAUUUUGUCAGGAUGGGCUAUGAUCUGGAGAGGUUUGUAGGCUAUGUGAAUGAGGGUCUCCUGUGCUGUGUGUGUCGAGACGUGUUGGAGCGCCCCCUGCAGGCGCCCUGUGAACACGCCUACUGCAGCGCCUGCAUCAGCAGCUGGCUGCUCCAUCACCACUCCUGCCCCGAGGACAGGAUGCCCCUGGAUGUGGGCAGUCUCAAACCACUGUACAGGUACAUGCGUAAUGACCUGAACCGCCUGCAGCUCCGCUGUCUGAAUGCAGCUCAGGGCUGUGAGGUGGUCUGCUCCCUGGAGAGCCUGCACACACACGAGGAUGAGUGCGAGUUCGCCUACAUUUCCUGCUCAAACACAGGUUGUCCUGUGCAGGUGGAGAGGCGGGGUCUGGAGGCUCACCUGUCAGAGUGUAACUUCCGCAGCAGGGAGUGUCUCAACGGCUGCGGACACACACUGCUCCCCAUCGACCAAUCACAGCACAACUGUGUAGCAGAGCUGCGCACAGAGGUGGAGCUGCUCAGGGCAGAGAUGCUGUGCAAGGUGGAGGAGGUGAGGCGAGAGAUGGAGUCUCGGUUGGACUCGCAGAGGAGACACAUGGUGCAGAAAGAGUCGCAGCUGAAGAACGACGUGGAGGAGCUCAAGGACCAGCUGUCCCGUGUGAUGUGUGACAUGCGAGCGCUGCUAGGAGCAGAGCGUCUGAGGAGGCAGGAGCUGGCUGAGGCCGAGCUGGAGAAGAGGGAGCUGCUGGAGCUGCUCAGAGACCUGCAGCCAAUCAGGAGCCAGCAACCUGUGGACCAUCAGACCCCUGGGUGGGAGCUCCACACUGAGCCAAUGAGACCCCAGCAGAGGGAGGCUUCUCUACAUGCCUCCAGUCCGUCUCUACAUUCAGCCCAGAGCCCCAUAACAGGGGCCCCCCCCUCCCCUCUGCUGGGCGAGGGGACGCGUAAGGGCGGGACCAGGAGCCUGACUCUGGACUGCAUCAAGAGGAAGAACCGGGAGGUGACGGUCAUCUGAGGGGAGACUGGACUGCUGGGGAGUUAUCCCUUCCAGAAAAGAUUAAAUGCAUAUUUUUCUGUUUAGUAAUGAAAUAGUGUUUGCACAGUAUGUUGGUGCUCAUCACUUAUCAUUUGGUAAAGAAAAUAUAGAUGAUCUGCUGUGGAAUGAACCAUGUUGUGGUUGAAAGGUUAAUACAUGUUGUAGACUAACCACUGAUAUGAUCUGCUGACAGAAAAUGUGGCCCUGAAUUUUGUAUCCCUCAGGUUUUUAAAUUAAAAAAAGUGUGUUAAAGGCAAUUUCUUUGAAUUCUAAAUUAUUCAUGUUUUCCUCAUUAGUGAUCGGUCUGAUUACAUUGGCUUAAGAACGUAUGGUUCUGAGUGUCCUGUAAGAACUGGAGGUCCUGGUUUGGCAGUUUGCAAAGGCAUGUUUUUUGUGUUCAAC